GUAGAUAAGACAGACGUGCAGAAGAGACAUGAAUGUCUUGUAACGGGUUGUGUACUCAACGGGAUUUAAUUAACGCUAGUGCUGAUGUGACACGUUUACAAUAAUUGUUAUGGGUGGCGGAUCUAGCAUCUUCACAAAGCAAGAACUGGAGGAUUAUCAGGAACUGACAUAUUUUACGAAGAAAGAAAUUCACCAUGUUUUUAAAAGAUUCCAGAGUUUGGUAUUUGACGACGACGACGAAAAGGAAGUGACGAAACACACCAAAUUAUCACGUGAUGAGCUAUUUCAUCUUCCAGAACUCAUGGUGAAUCCGUUUAAAGAUCGGAUCGUGAGGGUGUUUUCGUCCUCCACUGAUGAUAGUAUGACGUUUGAGGAUUUCCUAGAUAUGAUGUCCGUUUUCUGUGACCACGCCCCUUUGUCAAUCAAAAUUGAAUAUGCCUUCAGAAUUUACGAUUUCGAUGAAGAUGAAGUAAUCGGUAGAGAAGACUUAAAGCAGAUGAUUGACAGGUUGACAGGUGAAAAGACUCUUGGAGAAUCGGACAUGGAGCAGCUUAUCAACUCUAUAAUAGACGAGGCAGAUCUAGAUAAUGAUGAUGCUUUGUUAUUCGCUGAGUUUGAACACGUCAUGACAAAAAACCCCGAGUUUGUCACGAGUUUCAGGAUCCGCAUGUAAUAACUGUGACACCAAAGAAGAUUCUUCUUGACUUUAAAACAUUUUGUGAUAGCAGCCUUGUGACACCUGUAAAUAUUUCCAUGAAACAUUUGAAUAUCUUUAUGGCACUUGCAAAUAUAAUUAUUACACAUAUUUAUAUGUAAGCAAGGUAUUUCAUGCUUUGGUAACAUUUUGUAUGGAAGGAAUAUAUAGAUAUUGUUAUAAAAACAUUUUCUGUACAUAGUAUCUGUUCUGCUCCCAACUAUUAGUUUUAAAAUUUUAAAAUCCCUGUUAUAUAUAUUCUUAAUUGAAGUGGAGAAUGCAUCAUACCUUUCAGAACUAGUGCAAUGUGAUUUCCACUUGUAUAAUAUAUUUUUAAGCUAUCAUUAUGUGAAUUUUCAUUAAUUUGUAGAGUUAAGUUACAUGUACC